GUUCCUUCAGGCAGGUCCUCCUGUGGAUGCUUCCCCUCCACCUGAUGAUCCUGGACUGACGACGGUACAGCAUCAGCUACCCGCCCAGUCUGGGUAGUUUCCAGACCCUGCUAGCGCGACUGGCCGCACUUCCGUCAUUGCGUAGCUUAAGCGUGGAUUUCAUGUCCCCGCGCAUCUGGACGGUUCCGAUGACCUUUCACCACCUGCGGCACCUGCACCUCUCCUGCAUUGAACACGAACCCGGGCUGUGUGUGCUUCCGUCGCUCCCUGCCCUCGAGACAUUGGCGUUGAAUUUUUGCUGCUACUGCCUAGACUGCCCAAGAAAUGGCCGGGGGCCCAGCGCCCUUCUCCAAUUCCAUGGUCUCCCACAACUUCGUACUCUGUCCAUUUCUGGUGCGCAGGAGCAAAGCGUAAUCUGGUGCGGUCGAGCUACACAGCUCCAGACUCUCGAGGUCACCUUCUCCAGCGGCAUGGAUCUGAACGGCCUACUUGCCUGUCUCGGACGGGACCUUAAGGAACUCUACAUCUCGGACUGUGAGUUCGUGGCGGAGGAGCCGACCCCCCCGGUUGUGUUUCCCGUCCUGCGGCGGGUGCGGAUACUAGAGUCCCUGUCCAGCCUGGCCUCAUUCUGCUCCGUCGAGGUACCAUUGUCGGCGGUGUUCCAUGUGCGGAUAGAGCCUGAUGACUUUGAAGAUCUGAAGGACUGGCCUCUUGUCUGGGAGCUCCUGACUCGAAAUUCGGUGUCCCUCAGUUUAGCGGGCUCCACGAUCCUUCAAUCUCCGCUGCACCCGACUUCUCGCUUAUCACAAGUCGCAUCGCUUCCGCAUGUGCGGCUCGAAGGACAGAACUGGCCGCGACCAGUAGUCGCUGCCAAGGCCGGUGCCGUCGCGUAAGCGGCGUGUUGGGUCGUUGCUGGGACCAUGCUCACCCUGGGGUCUACGAGAAAGACUAGGCUGAUACAGCAAGGUGGACACCUGGGUGAGACUGUAAGCUCGCGUAAUGGAGAUAUUGACCGCUCCAUCCCUGGAGUGACAGUGAGCCUGUACCAGUGGUCCUCUUGUUUUGAUCUGAUAUCCAGUUUGCUGCACAGAGUUACA